AGAACGGCGCACGUGGCGCGCGGCCCACGCCGAUUGAACUCUCGCGGGAUUUCGAAAGGGGGAGGACGCGGGUUACGUCUGGGGCUCCGGGAGACACAACAAACAUGGAGGCGGUAGCGAAGGGGGCGGGAGUAGGGGGUACCGGUGGCUGCAAAGUGCCGCGGAGGUGAGUCGGUGACAGAGCAAGCAGCCUUCAAGGGGUGCUCUUUCUCUGCUUGCCGGAUCGGGAGGAGACCGCCUCGUGCUCCUUUCCCCACCUCUGACUGACUGCUAAAGUUAAGAGUGUUGGAGAGACAUUAGCAAAGCCCACCGCGUUGAGGGUUGGCAGGGUAGGCAACAUGUCGGGAACGGCGCCGGUGCUGGAGUGCAAAAGCGGUGCGUGUGCUGCUGUCGAGGAGUAUUCAACUAAUGGAACCCAAGUUAACUUAAAUCUAUAAGAAGCUGAUGACUACAGAAAGCAGACUAGAAAGGCAUUCAUCAGAAAAGUGUGUUUCCAUAUAUGAUGGAACAUACAUUCAAGAGUGGAUUUUGAUGUCUAUUUCACUGAUCUGAAGCUGAUUUGGAUGAUUAAGGGAAAGUGGAGCAGAUGUGCUUUGUCAUUUAUAUAAUAUGCAGAAGAGUUCAGAAUGCUUUCUACAUAAAAGGGAAAAAUUCAGGCCCACAGAACUGUGAAGUCAUAGUGUGAAUAUGGGUGAAAAGAAACCAGAACCUUUGGAUUUUGUAAAAGAUUUUCAGGAAUAUCUGACUCAGCAGACUCACCAUGUGAACAUGAUUUCAGGCUCUGUUAGUGGGGACAAAGAAGCAGAGACUCUUCAGGCAGCAGGCACAGAAGGUGAUCAAAAUGGACUGGAUCAUCCUUCAGUUGAAGUCUCACUGGAUGAAAACUCAGGAGUAUUAGUAGACGGGUUUGAAAGAACUUUUGAUGGGAAAUUAAAGUGUCGCUAUUGUAAUUAUGCCAGCAAAGGAACAGCACGUCUCAUAGAGCAUAUCAGAAUUCACACAGGUGAGAAGCCACACCGGUGCCACUUAUGCCCCUUUGCAUCAGCAUAUGAACGUCACUUGGAAGCUCAUAUGCGAUCUCAUACUGGUGAAAAACCUUAUAAAUGUGAAUUGUGUUCGUUUCGCUGUAGUGACAGAAGCAACCUGUCUCACCAUCGCAGACGCAAACAUAAAAUGGUGCCUAUAAAGGGUACAAGGCCUUCCCUUAGUAGCAAGAAGAUGUGGGGUGUCUUGCAGAAGAAGACCAGUAACUUGGGGUACAGCCGAAGGGCACUAAUAAACCUGAGUCCACCUUCCAUGGUGGUUCAGAAGCCAGACUACCUUAAUGACUUCACUCAUGAAAUCCCAAACAUUCAGACUGAAGCAUAUGAAAGUAUGACAAAGCCAACAGAGACUGGUGGGUUACCAAGAGAACCACAAGACCUUAUGGUAGAUAACCCUUUAAACCAGCUAUCUACUUUAGCAGGACAGUUGUCUAGCUUGCCCCCUGAAAACCAAAACCCACCCUCUCCUGAUGUUGUACCAUGUCAAGAUGAAAAGCCUUUUAUGAUGCAGCAACCAGCUGCACCAGCAACCGUUCCAGCAGUGUCUACCAGUAUUCCUCAGAGCUCAUCCCCUGCGAGCCCUGAUCCUCGUCCCGUACAUUCUCAACGAAACUACAGUCCAGUUGCCGGUCCCAGCAGCGACCACAGUGCUCAUGCCAGCACCCCAAGCAUAAGUAAUAGUCAGCCAAGUACUCCAGCACCAACUCUUCCAGUUCAGGAUCCUCAGCUUCUGCAUCACUGCCAGCACUGUGAUAUGUAUUUUGCUGACAAUAUUCUUUAUACUAUCCACAUGGGAUGUCAUGGAUUUGAGAACCCUUUCCAGUGUAACAUAUGUGGUUGCAAAUGUAAAAACAAAUAUGACUUUGCCUGCCAUUUUGCCAGAGGCCAACAUAACCAGCAUUGACUGAAUACAAGUUACACCAUGCAUUCAUUUAUUUGUGUGUGUUUAAACACAUUGUUGUUUUUUGUCUUUUCCUUGGUUGCUUGCCAUUUUUGAGAAAUCCGAUGAAGUAAUUUUUAACAUUGGAGGCAAAUAUCUUUACAUGCUGUCAUGAUUUGCUGGGGACAUGUUUGUUUACCAUGGUGGCAUUAUUUACAUGCCUCCUAAAAUGAAAAUGAGGCUUGUAGUGCAAUUACUUUUGUUAAAAAGUGGAUCAUCAGUGCAACUUAAUAUAUAACUGGCCUUACAUAAUGUUGAACUUUGGAUCAACACUUGUGUCUAAGUAUAUUUACAAUCCUUAACAUUAAGCUGUGCUACAAAAAUAGCCCAGUAGCGUAAACUUCUACCAUAUGUAAUUCACUCAAAUAUGUUCAGUGUAGAAGUUAUACAAUUAUGUAUAAACUGGCCAUCCCCUUAACUGCCACAAAAUAUUUUGUAAUGACUAAACAAAGAUAAAGUUUGAUGUCUACAGCAAAACCUAAAAUAUAGACAAAAUGUAAUUGCCAUGAAGCCUUUAAUAAGUUCCUGUGGUAAUACGGAGUAAUAGUGUGGAAAACUAGAAGAGUAAUAAUGUGAAUUGGGGUACAAAGGCACCCACUUUUCUGUACUACUGACUUUUUUCAAGGAAUACGAGGAAAUAGUGCCUAGUAUUAAAUGUUUGUAAUGUUAAAAACUGUCCCCCCCACACACACACACAAGAACAAAAUGGGUAACACGUUAAACUGCUAUACCAUAAUCUUCAUGCCUAGCUUGUGGUGCAUUUUAAAUAACUUCAUUGCCUUUAAAAUGCUGAUGUGUAAGCUGUCUUGCCUUUACCUUCUGGAUAGUAAUGUCUUUUAAUGGAAAUGAAGCAGCAAGGAGGUUAUGAAAUUAUAAUUCAGAUUUGUCAUGGGUCAUCUUAACAAUGAACAAUGAAUGCAUUUCUUGAAAAUGGUGUUCUAGUCCAUGUAAACAGCAGUUGAGAAAGAACAUUCCAUACUGUUUUUUGGUAUAGUUCUAUACUUGGCAAAGUGUAUACGAAAAAUCACUGAUUCAUUGCAGUGGAAAAAUACUUUAAGUCAUGAUAGUCAACUGUUUCUGCCUUUAUCUAGGAAAGUGAAUAGGCACUUUAAACAAAUUAUGCUAGCAAAAACUAUGGUGCUAGCUUACAGCACAUGAAUUGUUAAUAUUAUACAGGGGAAAACACUUAUUUUGACAUGCACUUUUAUUGUAUAUCUUUUUUAUUUUCUUUUAAAGGAAUCAAGAGAGGAUUUAUACCGCUGUCUCUUGCAUAACAAGUAAAUAUACACAUACAAACUUU